AUGUCGAUGUCGAAGAACGUGUCAUGUAGCAAUUUUUACCACGCAUGUCGAAAUGGAAACAUUGAAAAAGUUCGGUCGGGUCUUGGCACACUCACACUUGCUGAGAUUAAUCGUUUAGAACCGAACGGCAGUACGGCAUUACAUGCAGCCACUUACUAUGGCCACACCGAGAUUGUUUGCCUAUUAUUAUCACAUCAUGCUAGUCAGACAAUAAUUAAUCGUUACAAGUUGACACCGUAUCAAGAAGCUUUUAAAGACGAAAUCAAACAAUUAUUUCGCUGUCCGUCAUCCAAUCGUUUUCUCAGUAAUGUCAGUGAAGCUGCUGAUUGUGACUGGGUGUUUGCUACGGAAGAUAUAAUAAAAAAAUCCAGGAAAUAUCGUCAAAAGUUAGUUCAGAUGAGUCAUAAUUAUGUAUAUUCAAUUGAAGUAAUAAUCAAGACUUACCUUCAAAAUUUUGUCCUAACACCUGCUAUUGCCACGGUCUUAACGUACUUCCGUCUGGCGAUUAUUCAGGAUGAUCCGACAUACAUUGUUCGUGCGUACACAGUCGAAUCAGAAUUUUAUACACGUUUCAAUAGAGAUUUAGCAAGCACAACGGAAAAUAUUCUUAACAUUAAGAUUGUUUCAUUUGACGCUUGUUUUCUGCAUUAUUCGAAAGAACAUGGUAGAAUCGCGGGUAUUCUUGCACGUCAUCCAAAAUUCAGAUACACGUUCACAGGCAUCGUUUAUCGAGGAAUGCAAUGUUCUGAACAAGACCUAAGAAACUAUGUGGUGGACAAACGUGUAAUGACAAAAACAUUCAUGUCUACUUCUCAGUUGGAAAAUAUUGUAUAUGAUUUUGCUUUUCGGGGUGAAGCAAUACCCGUCAUAUGUAAAUACGAAAUAAUCAAUAAGGGAACAGCAAUGAACAUCGAGACAAUGUCAGAUCAUUCAUCCGAACAAGAAGUACUCAUCAUACCUUAUACGGUAUUUACAAUAACAAAAUUUGCGCGGAAAACACACAUAGAUGGAAAACAGAUGAUCGAAAUUGAAUUACGUGAAUGUGAAAACGAACAUAACGACAAUAUAUGUGCUAUAUUAUAA